CACCUGCCUGGAUUCCCAACGCCUCUUCUGACGAGCGGUUUUGAGGGCUUCAGUCCUGAAAGGUGGCAGGAUGCCUCGUUUGCCGCCCACUUACUCAGAUUUCUUCUUCAACCCUCUGACAGAAGAUGUGGAGGAACUCCUGGCUCAUUUCCAGCAGACGGACUCGGUGAGAUAUGAGGCCUUCUCAGCCAUUUGGAGGGAGAUGGGCUUCUCGUAUGUCUUCACAGGCAUCACGAGUAUGGCUGAGAUGAAGAGGUUCUGCAGAGUAACAUUAGCCACGGCCAUGAAGUACUUCCUGCCGCCAUACAGCUAUCAGAUUAGAGUAGGAGGCUUGUAUUUGUUGUUUGGUUUUUACCACACGCAGCUUGCCAUACCACCCGUGAAGAUUAGACUCGCUCUGAAGGACUGGGAUCAAGUUCAGAAGUUUCUAAAAGAUUCUCUGGACACUGGGCAUCACGACGUGGUCUAUAUCUAUCGGAAGCUUGUUGCAGCCAAAGCUAUACACUACGCCGCCAUGCCGCAUUUUCUCAGCUUCCAAAAGCAGAGGCAACCAAAGAGGGAACCUGUGGUUGCAGAGUUUCUGGGGAGGAGCACGGCAGUGCAGGAGCUCGUCUCCGCAGACAUCCUGGAGGAGCUGACCAACAUCCAGAGCCAGUACGAGAAGCUGAAGGAGGCCACAGCGGAGGUCAGCUGCCAGGACACCGUGACCCGCCAAGACUUUGCCUCCUGCCUGAAAGACUGCGCGUCAGAGUUCCUCGCGUGGCAGCAGAGGACUUUCUCCCAAGGUGAGAAAGACGGGAACUCCGGAGAUGAUGCAGAGAAGCCGGCUAAUGGCGAGUCCAGCAGCAGCAGGGCCAUGCUCCUCUCCUCCAUCAAGCACAAGAGCUACAGCAGCUUCCAAGAGGCGUCCAAGUCCCGGAGGCACCGCCAGGCAGAGAUGGUGGACUCAUCCAGCUCGGGAGCAGAGCAGAUCCAGGAGACUGCGGCUGCUCAGAGAAGGAGGCCGCCAUCACUGAGGGCCCGGACCUGGAAGAGCCUCGGGGUGACGCAGGAGAAGAGAAAGCCGCAGGCCUGGCUCCUGAGUGCUCCGGAGCAGCAGGAGAAGGUCCCGGCGAAGAGGACCAACCAGGUAGCGCCCUUCAGACCGUGAUGGGAAGGGAGAGGGAGGACUCCCAGGUUCUGUCCCCCCAGGUUCAACCUAGCUCACUUCAUUUGGGGGAAAAAAGCCCAUUUAAUUUGAUAAUCAGUUGGAUCUGAGUUCAUUUUUGUCUGUUCAGUUACUGCAUUAAUAGUAUUUAACUGGAACCCUUGAACUUGUCAGUAAAUGUUCUGAUCUGCUAAUGAA